GGGAGGCAUCGUCGCCGGACGAGCUGUUUUCUCUCAUGCACUCGCUCAGGUUGUCCAGUGGCAGCAGCACCGGACUCGGCCGGUUCGCCGCCGCGAGGUUGGUGGCCGCAGCUCGUGGAGAGAGGAGCGCGUCCGCCGCGCCGGGCAUGGAGCACCCGCGAGACGACAUGCACAACACCAAAGAGGACGUGAUGAGCCACCCGUUCGGGGUGGCCUACUCCACGAGGUCGGACGAGGAAGGCUUCGGCGGGGUGUACGCGAGGGACGACGACCGGCCGGCGUCCAGCCGUCCAACUGCCGACGCGCAUCCGAGCCAUCCUCCUCCUCCUGACCAUGACACCUCUCAGGUGAGGGAGGAGAAGGCGCGCAAUCUCAAGGACGACAAGCACGCCACCUAGCUUCCUAGCUAGGUAGUGCAUACGUGUUAGCUUCAUGGCAGUAGCUAGUUUCGAGUUUGCCAUCAAGUGGCUCGAACUGUUUCUGAGGUUUGCAGCGAGCCAUGUAAGCCAUGUUUUGAGGAGUUUAUCUAUGUGCUGUAAUAAUCAUGUAAAAUACCAAGGUAUGCUUCCGUUUC